AGGUCGCAGUACGGAAAAGUUGCGCGCGCGUGUCGGACGCACCGCCUGUCGACUACAGCAAAUGUUCACAUAGCAGAAAAGGAACUAAAAUGGAACUCCAAUUUGGCUCGUUUUUCUUUUAUUUAUUUAUUAACAGCAUAUUUAUUCUAAUCCAAGCAAAGAAACACAUUCUGCUAGACAUGGAGGGGUCUGGAGAUGAACUGGGCUGGUUGACGUCACCAAAUGAAGGAGGGUGGGAAAUUGUCCAGGCAGUAGUGAAUAGCUCCCUCUUUUACACCUAUAGUGUGUGUAAUGUGGCCACUAAUACCGCACAGAACAAUUGGCUUCGUACCACCUUCAUCCAGCGUCCUUCUGAAGCCUCUCUUGUCUUUGUUGAGAUGCGUUUCAUUGUCCGUGACUGCAACACUUUUGAUGGCGCGUCCACCUCUUGCCGUGAGACCUUCAGCCUUCACCUGUAUGAAACGGACAAGGACGUGGGCACCAGUUUCCAGAAACAUCAGUUUAAUAAGAUCACCACAGUGGCCCCAGAUGAAAUUACAGCAAACAGUGCUGGUGGACGACCAUUACUGAGGGCGAACGUGGAGACACAGAGCAUCGGAUCACUAUCUAAGAAAGGCUUCUACCUGGCUUUUCAAGACGUGGGUGCCUGUGUGGCUCUGUUAAAUGUGAAGGUGUUCUACACCACUUGUCCACCCAUUCAGCUCAACCUGGCAACUUUUCCUGAGUGUGUGACUGCAAAAGCUGUAACUGAGGUUGGGGGAACAUGUGUGGAGAACGCAGUCACUGUCGGCCAGGCAAAGCCACACAUGUACUGCACUGCUGAAGGAGAGUGGGUUGUACCGGUCGGGCAGUGCUUCUGCAAAGCCGGCUAUCAGGCUGAGGGACAGACAUGCCAAGCAUGUGGUAGAGGCUACUACAAGAGCUCAGAUUCUAACCAGCUGUGUGAAGUCUGUCCAGCAAACACACAGCACUCAGGCCCUGGUGCGCUUCAUUGUCCCUGUUUGGAAGGAUUUUUCCGAGCAGACACUGACCCCAGCUCUGCUCCAUGUUCUAGUCCACCUACUCCACCAGAAGAUCUCAAGUCCACCCCUCGCCUAACAGCAGGGAGCUUACUGCUGACCUGGAGACCGCCAUCUAAUACAGGCGGCAGGAAUGACGUUGUAUACAAUGUGGAGUGUGAGCAUUGUAAUGGUGCCACGUGUGCACCGUGUGGAGGGAGGGUGCACUUCGAGCCUACACAUACAUCUCUACAAAAACCGGAGGUUAUAGUCAGUGAGCUGGAUCCUCACAUUAACUACACGUUCAAAGUGGAAGCAUUAAAUGGAGUGUCCCAUUUGAGCCCUCAAAAAUCUGUGGACAGCAUCACCACUGUUUUACACUUUACAGAGCCUGCCAAGGUAACAUUUCUCAGAGUAGUAGAUCGUACCCCUAGCAGUCUUACUUUGUCUUGGGCUGUGGAUCAACACACAGCUUCUCAUCAUUCUCCUCAGUACGAGCUUAUGUACCGCAUAAAGGAAAAUAAUGGAGUCCAGGACGUCACCACGUACAAUGUUCUGAGGUUGGACAAGAACUUGGUUCAGAUUAGAGACCUCUUAUCUGGCACUAAGUAUGUAUUCCGUGUUCAGACUUUAACAACAGAGGGCCAUCCUAGCAGCCAGAGUGCAGAAUACGAAUUUGAGACCCUGCCCAUAGCUGAGUCAUAUGCACAGGGCAGUUCCAUGAUUGUCAUGGGAGCCAUUGCUGGAGGCGGAGCUAUGUUGCUUAUCGUGGUGGUCAUUUUAUUUCUACACAAAAGGAGGCUUAAUACACGCACCCGACAGAGAACAGGGGGCAACUACUUCUCCUGUCCAGAAAACCAUCUGAAGACCUAUGUGGACCCACAUACCUAUGAGGACCCCUGCACUGCAAUCCUUAAGUUUGCCAGUGAAAUUCACCCUAGACACAUUACUAAGCAGAAAGUUAUCGGAGCAGGAGAGUUUGGUGAAGUAUUUCGUGGUGUCCUGAAGCUACCAGGCCGUAAUGAAGUGGUUGUUGCAAUAAAGACACUAAGACAUGUCUACACCGAAAAGCAGAGGCAGGACUUCCUGAGUGAGGCCAGCAUCAUGGGCCAGUUCUCGCAUAAGAACAUCAUACACUUGGAGGGGGUUGUCACCAAAUUCAAGCAUGCUAUGAUCAUCACAGAGUACAUGGAAAAUGGAGCUCUGGAUCAGUACCUGCGGGACCAUGAUGAGGAAUUGUCCUCAUACCAGUUGGUGAGCAUGCUUAGUGGCAUUGCAGCAGGGAUGAAGUAUCUGUCAGAUUUAAAAUACGUACACAGAGAUCUUGCUGCACGCAACAUCCUGGUAAAUGGCAACCUGGAGUGCAAAGUGUCAGACUUUGGCCUUUCACGUGUGUUGGAAGACUAUCCUGAAGGCACCUAUACCACUAGUGGAGGAAAGAUUCCCAUUCGUUGGACAGCACCAGAAGCCAUUGCAAACAGGAUGUUCACUUCUGCCAGUGAUGUGUGGAGCUUUGGUAUUGUCAUGUGGGAGGUGAUGGCUUUUGGAGAGAGACCCUACUGGGACAUGAGCAACCAUGAGGUUAUGAAGGCCAUACAUGAAGGUUUCAGGCUGCCGGCACCGAUGGACUGUCCAUCUGCUAUUUAUGAAUUAAUGCUGCAGUGCUGGAUGCAGGAUCGCUCAAAACGUCCAUGCUUCUUUGAUGUCCUCAAUGUGCUGGACAAUCAUCUGCGCAGCCCAGAGUCCCUUACAGCAAUUGCCAACAUAGACCUACGAGUGUGCAUUCGCCUGCCCAACACUAGUGGAAAUGAUGGCAGCCCCUUUAUGUCUGUGGAUGAAUGGUUAGAGUCUAUGAAGUUGAACCAGUAUAAAGAAGCCUUUGCACAUGCUGGAAUUACAACCAUGGGGCAGGUGUUGCACUUGAAGAUUGAUGAUUUGAAAAAGAUUGGUGUGCGGUUACCAGGUCAUCAGAAAAGAAUGGCCUACAGCAUUCUGGGUCUUCAGGAGCCCACUGAAGGUCCAGUGGAUGUCUUUUCAGUGUAAAACUAAGAUUCUACACCAGAACUGCAUUUUACUAAACUCUUAAUGAGCACGGCCAAUCUGGCCUCAGAAGAACUUGCAACAGGCUGGUUUGCAAAUAUCCAGAAUUCUGCUCACUACUGAAAUAGAGUGCCAUUGUAGAUAAAUGUACCAAUUAUCAAUUGAACAAUGACUGAAUAUAGACUGAUAUUUUUACUGCUAUUUUUUCACUCUUGUGCAUUUUGUAAUUGUAUACAUUCUUUUGAAAGAACCUUGUUGUGUGCCCUAAUUUCAAAUGCUGGUCAAAUUGAAAGUAAAGCUUUUUUUUUUUUUUUUUUUAGUUUAAUUGCACAGCAAUAGUGUGGAACUGCAGAACAUAUGUUAAGGGAAGGUGGUAAGGGAGCUAUAGGUUCUGCAAAAACAAUAACCCAUUGUAAUUCUUUUUAGUAGUAUAACUUUUAAACCAAAUGGCAUUUUCUAUACCAUUAUGAGAGACAGUAUGUUUACAUAUAUUAAUUCAGCUCUUUUUCGAUUAUUUAAUAUUUAUUGUCUGUUUGUUUAUUUAUUGACUGUUUGUAAAGCUGUUGUCUAAUGUGUAUAAAUAUUAAAUGAUAUUAUUAAAUGCU